UUUUUUUAAGAAAUAAGGGUGAUGAAGCAUUACAGAUUUGCAAGAAAAACAAUUUGAUGAUGCUUGCACAAAAUAUAUUACUGGGCUUUCCUUGUACUCCCUCUUUUAUAAAAUAAUUUUAAUACCUCUCAAUUAAAUAUCAUAAUUAAGCAGCAGGGUGUUUUGGCAGAAGCCAGCUACCACACACUAAUGAACUCUUCUAAUUUGCUAAAUUAUUUUAAAUGAAUCCAGUACAUUUAGCUUCUUAAUGACAGUACACUUCUUAACAACUUCGAUCAAGUCCACUUUUCAGCAGGCUGCCUGCUGUGCUAAACUCUUUAUUCACAAACCCCACUCAGUUUUUCAGAAAAAUUGUUAAUCAGAAGCAUUUUCUCUCUUAGAAGCAAAGUCUACUGUAAAAUACUUAAUUCAUCACUUUUCUUUUACCUGCCCUCAGUGCUGAAGUCUGGACAAGACUUCAUAUUUGACAACAUUUUAUGUAAAGAUGACUGGAGAGCUUUGGUUUUUUAAUUGGAAGGUCUCUAUUUUGCAUAUGUUACCUUUCUAAAAAAACACCUUUCUUUUCUGCCAAUUUUGUAAGCUGUCACAGUUACAAAACUUGAGCUAUAACUUGUUUCAGUUUUUCAGUUCUUGAUUGGAUUCUAUACAUGCCUUGUGUAAAGUCAAAACAUGAGACAAAUUAUUCCUGCUUCCUAUUGUGCUGGGAAGCCACAUCAUUUGCUAACCCUGAUGGAAAGAACUAAUUUAACAGCAUUCCUUUUCUCUUUUGGAUCAGAGUACAACUGAGAAAAUGAAGACUUCAACAGAGAUUUUCAAAGGGCACAUGCAUUUCUAUUCUCUCCUGCUACCAAAUCUCCCAAUGGAAUUUGAUGUCUAAUGCCCAAGAAGUGCCAUGGACAUUUUGUUUCUUUGCAACACAUUUUAUUGAUAUGCCUUGUACUUCUACAAAUUCUUCUGUCCAAACUAUAUGCCUGUAUAUGUGCCAUACAACCUCAGGUUUUGCCUAGGAAUCAAUUACUGUCAGUUUCAGGUUAGGAAACACUGAAAAGCAAGAGCCCAGCUGAAGAGAUCCUGGUGAAGCUUUGAUAACAAUAACUAAGGAAAAUAUUUAUUGUUGUUGUUGUUGUUGUUGUUGUAAAGUACAGGGUUUUCUGCUAAUCUGUCUUUCAAGAGGUAUCUUCAGAUGUUACUUUUAAUAACCUUUUACCACUCCUACAGUUUACAGGUCCAUCAGAAAUCUCUGUUGGUCAUAAGCAGAGUUCUCCAAAUUAUCAUAAUAUCUAAUUGGUGUAGUAUAUGAUAUUUACCUUUAUCCCAUGCCUUUUCUCUAACAAGCAUUUAGAUAUGCAUGACUGGCUCAAACCAGGACAUUGACAAACAUUAUGGGGAAAUAAUUGUGUUUAGCUAGCUGCAGGUCUCCCCAAAGAAUAUAUAAACCUGAAUCAAGACACUUGAAGAUUCUUUGCACAAAAUUGGCAAGACUCCCCAUUUGUCUUUGCAAAAAAAAAAAAAAACAACCAACACAACCCUAAUGAUCAUUUAUCUGAUGCUGUACAUUUUCUGAAACGUUUCAAACUUCACUGCUGAUUAUAUCAUGUAUAUUGUAUGUGAUUAUCAGCAUCAGGAAGAUAUGUUCUCAUUUAACAGUGAUUUUAUUACUGUUUGAAGAUAGGAGUGAUUAGCAUCUUCCUAAGACAGAGGGUGCUCUUUCAUUGUCUCUAAACUUUAGGGGGAAAUAGAUUUAAAACUGAAUAAAGUGUCGUGACAUGACAAAACUCUCCAGCUAAUGUUCUGUAGAGGCAAGGCUAUUUAGCCUGAUUGUGGUUUUUUUGUUUUGUUUGGCAUUGAUACCAACUCUCCCCAGUAGCUUGAGCUCUGAGCUUCCCACUGUAGAGUUACUGUGGUUAAAACCACACCUUUCAACAGCACAAUAUGGAUGUGGAAAUUACGUUAGAAAGCCACACAGAAUCAACAGUUGACUUCACUGAGCCUUCCUGUCUCUUCCAGUACAAUUUCUGCUUUUUUAACACAUCCCAACUGUUGACUGAAGUUACAGGAUAAACCUGAAGCUUUUGCAAUAAAACUCAGCUUUACAAAAUCCUCCCAAGAAGUGCCACCAAUUGCAUUUCUUUGGAUUUGCAUCCUCUAAAAUAAUUAAAUGUAUUGCCCUUAAAAAAAAAAACAACAAACAACCCACGCAAUUGAGUAGUCAGUAGACAGCCAUGUGGUGAUAAACUUAGCCUAAUUUCAUUUUUAUGAGUUGGGAAAUCUGAGGAGUAUCUAAGGCCAGCCAGCUCCUGCAUCCUGAAAGCCACCUCUACGAUAUUAUAAUUACACUGGUUAAAGAUAGAAGUUUUAUAGAUCCUCCUCGGAGUGUUCAGAUCUGGACUGAGUCUUGUCUUAGUCUUUGAAUAGCAUCACUGCAAAAAACCAUGCUGAGCUUUAGCCUCUUCCCAUGCUACAGCCAGCUCCUGGUAGCUGCACCAGCACCUCUGUUGUGUCUGCACAUGUCUUUCUGCCUUCUCUGGAUUUGCUCCCUUUAGGUAUGCUAACCUAUUGCUCAGAAACCCCCAGAGCCUCCUGCUGGGCAUAGGAAAGACCAUAUGGGAAGACAUAAGGUCCCUGUGAGGACCUUAUGUCCUGCUUGUGCUAGCUGCUGGAGCUCAAGACUGAAGGCCAAGUGUCGGAGACAUCUCUGUGUCACAGCAACACCAUCCUGUCAAGUGUUGCUCUGCAUAUGAGAGGAAACGUGGGAAAUAAAGCAAACCCCAAACUCCCUCCUGUCAUCACCCUUGAGAAAGGGAAGCCGUUAAAAAUUUAUAUUCCGUGAAGAUAGAAUAUUGGAGGUCUUUAGUUUUAAAGCUUCAAGAUGGAGUUUCCAUGAGUUAAAGGAGAGAGGGAUUCAGUUUCCUUGGAAGUCCAUAAGAGAAGGACCCCUCAACUAGGUAGGAUACCCCAACCAUGAUACCUCUUACUGAAUUUGUGUGGAAACAGCAGCUUAAUUUAGAAAACUAAAAGAGUCCAGCUAUGCUGGAGUAUAAACCCUGUGAAAAGAAGGGGGACUCACAGAAGUUACCAGACAUACAUGGCAUACAGCAUGCACAGGGCUCCUCUUAUUCCUGCCAUCUACCUUUCAGCAUAGAUAUAUUUAUUUUAAGCUGUUACGUUUGAAACAAUCCAAAAUAAACCUUCUUGGUGACCUUAUUCCUGGUGGGUCUUCUGUGUUUCACCCAGGUGGUCAUGCUGGGCUGCCCCAUGCGGGACUGGCUGGUUCUUCACCACCUGUCCUACCACCCAUGCCUGGGGAGGAGUGAGAGGCAAAAUUAGCACCCAGCAGUAAAGGGAAUUUUCUUGUCCUGUAUUGAUUUAACCCAUCACGCAUGCCAAACCAUAAUUUGACCCCUCAAUAGAGUGACUGAAUUGGUUUGUUUGUUUUUAAUGAGCUGCUUGGAGUCAUGGGGGAACCAUACCUAUCGAUUUGCUAUUAUAUGUGUUAUAUGGAUGCAAAUUCUGGAUGAGUUAACUUCAAUAGAGGUUAAAAUAAUAAAUGUUUUGGUGGUUUUUGUUUUUUUUUUUUUAUGAUUUGAAGUUGUAGUCCACUGCUUCAGCUCAAUGGAGUUGUUAGUUUAAAAAAAAUAAAAUAAAAAAAACCCAGGUUUUUCUUCUCAAUAUGUCCCUGAAGGAAAGUUGUUCUGAAAGCACCAAGUUUAUUCCAGGUUGCCAGCAUUUCAGCUUGACAGUUUCAGAGGGGCACAUAAAUCUUUAAACAGCAAAGGAGUAAAUGGAAAUCUUGGGUUAGUUCAGUUCUUGGAUUGGUACAAUUUCCUUUUUCUAAAAUUCUGUAGAUGAGAAGAAAUUUUAAAACUUUUUUUUAAUACCUGCUGUUUGGGUUAGGCUGUUCCUUGGUUUACAUCAAGUGCACAGGAACCUGCUUUGCUAUCUCUGACAAUGAACUAGACUUCUUGGAGAGAAUCCCAUGCAGAAAGACUAUUACUCAUAAAAGUUAUGUUCUCUAAACUGUAGAUGUUGUUUAUAAGGUUUUUUUUAUUGUCAGCCUAAUUCUAAACAAUGUGGCUAGAGUGCUUUAUUGACUAAGCUAUAUGUGAAAAUUCUAAGCACCUGCCUGUUUUUAUUUGUUACAUUUUGGGUGCCAAUACACUACUUUAAUUUACUGUAAGGAUGUUCUUUCAGUGUUUGUAGUAGAACUUUGACUUCAAAAAAAUCUACAAAUAUAAGAGAAAUAUCAACCAUAAACAGAGGAGGUGUUAGUCCUGAAUGUUUUCUGUGCUGUGGGAGAUGGUUGAUAUCACUUCAUGUAUCGUAAAUCAUCUCUCUACAGCUGUUUUUUUCUUUACAUAGGUGAAGAUGUCAAACCGUUUACUCCUGAGAAAACCAAGGAAAUUGUGAUGUCUCUACAGCAACCUGCAGUCUUCUGUAACAUGGUUGGUGACUGGCCAGCCCUUCACUGGAAUGCAAAACACCUUUCUGCGGUGUUGGGUGGAAAGAAAAUCCAGUUUAGGAUAGGCCUGAAGACAGUGGAUUUAGUUCCCCAGUUUGAAACCAAGUGUAGCUACGUGAAGGCUACACUUGAAGAGUUUUUGGCCUGGACCUGUGGGCAGCCUUCUUGUCUCUCUGGACCAUUCAGUUCUUACGAGUACUCCAAACAUUGGGCGUAUGCUGACUACAAAUACAUUGCCAGGAUAUUUGAAGACAAGCCAGAAAUAUUCCAGGAUAUAAGGUGGUCUGACUUUGGUUUUCCUGGAAGAAGUGGAAGAGAGAGCACACUGUGGAUUGGUUCUGAAGGAGCAAACACCCCCUGCCAUUUGGACUCUUAUGGCUGCAAUUUAGUGUUGCAAGUACAAGGAAGGAAGAGAUGGCACCUCUUCCCACCUGGUGACACCAGUUUCCUUUAUCCCACCAGGAUCCCUUAUGAGGAAUCCAGCGUAUUCAGCAAAGUCAACGUUGCCAACCCUGAUCUGAAACGCUUUCCUCAGUUUAAGAACACAACAGCCCAUGUGGUUACACUCAGUCCAGGACAGGUACCAUUCACAUACAAGCUUUCCAUCACUUUAAAGAUUCUAGUCCUGCUCGUUCCAAGGCACUGGUGGCACUAUGUGGAAUCCAUUGAUCCCAUCACUGUCAGCAUAAACUCUUGGAUUGAGCUGGAUGCAGAUCAUGAGGCCCGUGUGGAAGAAGCAGUAACUCGGAUGCUGGUAUGUGCCAUAAAAUCAGCAGAAAAUCCCAGUGAUGGAGAUCUCUGGCUAAAUCCCACAGAGGUUGAGGCAACAUCCCAUGAAAUCAAUCUCCAGUACCUGAACAAAGCAGUGUCUGCAUACUUCCAGUGUCCAAAGGGAAGUGUGUCGGAGGAGGCACAUCCCAGCAGUGCUGCUGCAGAGCAAAGGACGAGCCCCUCAUGCAAGAGGAAGAAAGGGGAAGUUGGCUGUGAACCAGAGAGCUGUAGCUUACUAACCCCUGAAUUUGGCUUUUCAACAUUUCAAGCAGAAAAUUUGCAGAGAAUACCUUUUGGGCCUCAUCUUAUUCAAGUUUUACCACAGUCUCAAGAAACAAGUUCAAUGGGUGCAGUUGCAGUUGGAAGUGAUAGUAGAAAUCUUCUCCAUGAAAAUGAAGGAGGACAUUUUGGAAAACUGCACUGCGCCAGCAAGCAAUUGCUAAUAAGUAAUGACUGUGAAACACCUGCAUAUCAAAUGGAUUCAGACAGCAGUCCAAAUGCCUCACAAACAGCCCUUUCUACCAAUGAUUUGCUGGACUGUCUGGUUAAUCCACGUGUCAUCAGUUUAGUAGCUCAGCUGCUGUUGGACAGAGCAAGAGUUUAGUGCCAGAGUGCUUUAUCAUUUCUGAAAUAAAGAAAUCAAACUGCA